AUGAAGAAUCAUGGCCUCACUCUGGACGACGCCGACCAUCUACUGGAGCCGAACGUGACGGUUCCCGGCGUUGAGGCCGUCUUCGAGCGAGUUCGGGCGAUGACAGAUUUUCGAAAGGACGAUGUCGAAGCCAGGGUGCUGUUUAUCUGUCGAAGGAGAGGAGCGGGAGGAAGCAAUGCAAGUAAUAGUAGUGGAGAGGAUGGAGAUGAUCUAUACAUCCUGAAAUGCAAGGUGCAGUGAGUAGUCUUCUUCUCGAAGUCCCAUUCAUUCAUUCAUUCAUUCAUUCAUUCCUUCCUUCCUUCCAUCCCUGACCAGUCAUCUCACAGAGCACCAUCCGUCCUGGCAGGCGGCCUGACAACUCCCAUCCCCGGGCCUAGCAGACACACCGCCGACGAGCUGAGAGCUCUCGAAUCGUUCACACAGUCCAAUUCGCCUUCUCUACCCCAUCUGAUCGGCUGGAAAACCGCUGUGCAAGGCGACGAUGGACCCAUGCCGGGUGGUUAUAUCGUCUACAUUGUCAUGACUCUGAUGCCCGGAAAGGACCUCCUGGCACUCAAAUUCUGGAGCAUGACGGAGGCGGAGCGGAGGGAAAUCAGAGACGCAUUCCUGGUGGCGAUCAAGUAAGGAUGCAACGAAGGAUGCGACUUUGCCCAUACUGACAUGAGUCUUUCCCGCAGACGGGUAUGGAGUUUAGGUUUCAAGCCGUACGACUGUGCUCUGAGGAAUAUUUUGUGGGAAGAAGAGACCAAGAAGCUGUGAGUCUUGAUGUCUCUUUUUGCUGGUCAUCAAGUCGGCUGCUAACCCUUUGCUUCGCAACAGCUCCAUCGUCGACUUCGAACACUGGAACCCGAUGGACAAAGACAUCAUCAACAUGUCUGAGCGAGAAGAAUUGAUGGAUUGGGGUUUAGCCUCACGGCCCCCGCCAUCUUCACACUGGGAGCAAUUCUUCCGUAAUGAAGGUCUGAAACCUGUGCAUCGAUAA